CGCGCUUUGUCCGAUGGGAAGAAUUUCCUCUCGUUCUUUUUAUUUUGAACCUUGUCGUCUGAGAAGCAGAAACAAUGAGAAUUAGUGUGCUAGCAGACGCACUUGUGUCCAUCUGCAAUGCAGAGAAACGUGGAAAGCGGCAAGUGCUGAUUCGACCAGCUUCAAAGGUCAUCAUCAAGUUCCUAAGUGUAAUGAUGAAACAUGGGUAUAUUGGAGAGUUUGAAAUAAUCGAUGAUCAUAGGGCUGGAAAAAUUGUUGUCAAUCUUAAUGGCCGCUUAAAUAAGUGUGGUGUCAUCAGUCCUAGAUUUGACAUCUCCGUUCGAGAUAUUGAAAAAUGGGCGACAAACUUGCUGCCAUCCAGACAAUUUGGAUCGUUAGUUUUAACAACGUCAAGUGGCAUUAUGGAUCAUGAAGAAGCGAGGAGGAAACACACUGGAGGAAAAAUUCUUGGCUUCUUUUAUUGAUAGCUGAUUUUUUCUUCAAAUGUAAAAUAAAUCCUUCAAACAAUGUG